UUAUUUUCUUCACAUUCUUCUACAACACACGUAAAAUUCCCCACCAAAAUAAUCUGCACAAAUUUAAAAUAUCAAUCGAUUGUAAUAAAUUAAUAAUAUAAAAUCAUGGUUGUAGCAUCUCCAAAUCCCCUAAAGUGGACUAAGAAAACAAAAGCAGUAGGAGUUCCAACCAUUGAUCUUUCUCUAAAACAUCAAGAUAAGUCCACUUUAUCCAAGCUCAUUGUUGAAGCUUGUCAAGAGUUCGGCAUUUUUAAGGUUAUUAAUCAUGAGAUUAACUCCCAUGUCGUUAAUUCUCUUGAGAAAGACGGCAUGGAUUUUUUUGCCAUGCCGUCUUCAGAGAAACACCGUGCUGUGGGUCCCACCGUCCCUAAACCUUUCGGAUACGGAUUUCGUAAUAUCGGUAACAAUGGUGACGUCGGUGAUCUCGAGUACCUUAUUGUUCACGCUAACAUCGCCGAUACUCGUCCUUCUUCACUCAGCGAAACUGUGAAUGAUUAUGUGGGAGCAAUAACAGAUUUAGCAUGUGAAUUACUAGAUUUGAUUGCUGAGGGAUUAUGGAUUCCAGAAAAAACUAUUUUCAGCAAAUUAAUCAGAGACGUCCAAAGUGAUUCUCUCCUUAGGCUGAAUCACUACCCUCAACUUAAGAAUUGGGACCCAAUAAUUAACGUUUCAGGAGAACGCAUUGGAUUUGGAGAGCAUUCUGACCCUCAAAUCUUGACCAUCUUAAGAUCUAAUGAUGUGGGAGGACUCCAAAUUUGCACGCCAGAUGGUUUAUGGCUGCCUGUCCAACCUGACCCCAAUGCCUUCUACAUUAUGGUGGGGGAUUCUCUCCAGGUAUUGACAAAUGGAAGAUUCGAAAGUGUGAAACAUAGGGCGAUGGCGAAUAAUUCUCUAAGUAAGGCAAGAAUGUCAACUAUUUUUUUUGGUGCUCCUCCUUUGAAUGCAACAAUUUCUCCAAUACAAGAAAUGGUGUCACCAUUAAAUCCAAGUCUGUAUGAGCCUUUUACAUGGCUAGAGUAUAAGAGAGCAAUGAAUGCUUCAAGAUUGAGUGAUUGUCGCCUCAACCUCUUCAAGAGACGCAGUGGUCAAUGAUUUUUUUUUUUUUUAGUUUUUUAAGGCAAAUUCGUAGUUUAGUAGUAAUAGAAUGAAGAAGAAGGAUAAACUUUCUAUUUUUGGUUCAAGCUCCAUCAUGAUGAAUAUUAUAGUUAUGAAUGAACUUGUGGUGGGCUAGUAGCUAGCUAGUUGGAUAGAGACAUUUGGGUAAAGGGGGAAAUGAUUGUACAUAUAAUCUUGGAUUUUUUUAGGAAUUGGUAUUAUUGGUGGGUGAUCUCAUUUUGUGUUAUAAGCUAGAUGUAACUUGGGUGGAAGGCACCUUCCAUUAUUUCAUUGCAAUGUAGGCCUAUGCCUUAAUUAAUUAAUUAAUUAAUUAAUUAAAAGUAUCAAUGUUUUUUUUUUUA